AAGUUCUCAUCAGCUUCUUCAGGUUAGGCUGUGUCCAGUUGUGGCUCUGUGUGAAGUCAAAGGACAUUUGGGUUCGUCCACUCCCUUCAGCUUCCUGUGCAGGGCUAAACCACUUUAGUUUGAUAAAAGUAUGAGUGCCUGAGAGCAGCAAUUAACCAAGUAACCAAAGUCCUCUUUAGAGAGUCAGAAAUCAGGAGCAGACCUGCUCCUGAUGCCACCCGGACCCUAUUCCCUGUUCCUCUACCACUCAGAUCAAACUGGCUCCUCCAGGGUUGGGAAUGAGCUGAGUAGUGAGGCUAGGAGACCAGAGGGAAGCUGAUCCCCGCCGCCAGCAGAGGAGCGGUUCGGAGCUCAGCCCCCCGGGCUUUGCUGGCGCCCACAACUUGUUUACCCUGCGCUUGGCUGGGGUUCAGGACGCCGGUGCCCCACCCUACGGGAGCCUUCCCGGGAAGGCUCGCCCCGCUGCCCCGCGUGGAUCGCCCCAGCUCCUCAGCGUCUCCCGCCUUCCCCGGGGCAGGACAGCGAGCGCGGCCGGCGACGCCUGCAGCUGCGGGCGGAAUAAUUAAAAUCCAUCAAAAUGUCAGGUGUGGCCCCCACAGCCUCUGAACAGCCUACAGAAGAAAUGGAAAAUCAGAUAAAAUCGUCAACCGCUGUGCCCGGUGCUCCUCCUGACUACAAUUCUCAUUUUGUACCAGGCCCUGCUGGACCAGCUGCCCCUCCACCUGCAGGCUUGCCUAUGGGAUACUACGUUCCCCAGCAGCCUGGUGCCAUCCCCUUGUACCACCCCAUUGGCAGCACCCAUCCAAUUCAGUACCAGCCUGGCAAAUAUCCUUUGAUGAAUCAGCCUGCUGCCAUAAUGUGGAUGCCAGGGCCAGCUCCUGUGCCCAACUGCCCUCCUGGUCUGGAAUACUUAGCUCAGUUGGACAACAUACAUGUUCUUCAGCAUUUUGAGCCUCUGGAAUUGCUGACAGGUUUUGAAACUAAUAAUAGAUAUGAUAUCAAGAACAACAUAGACCAGAUGGUUUACAUCGUAACUGAAGACACAGAUGACUUUACCAGAAAUGCCUAUCGGAGCCUACGACCCUUUGUGCUCCGGGUCACUGACUGCUUGGGCCGAGAGAUCAUGACCAUGCAGAGGCCUUUCCGAUGCACCUGCUGUUGCUUCUGCUGCCCCUGUGCAAGGCAAGAGCUGGAAGUGCAAUGUCCUCCUGGGGUCACCAUUGGCUUUGUUGCAGAACACUGGAACUUAUGCAGAGCCUCUUACAGCAUUCAGAAUGAGAAGAAAGAGAGUGUGAUGAGGGUGCGUGGUCCAUGCGCGACUUACGGCUGUGGCUCCGACUCUGUUUUUGAGAUCAACUCUCUAGAUGGUGCGUCUAACAUCGGCAGUAUUAUCCGGAAGUGGAAUGGCUUUUUGUCAACGAUGGGAAACGCCGACCACUUCGAGAUUCGCUUCCCUUUGGACCUAGAUGUGAAGAUGAAAGCAAUGAUUUUCGGCUCUUGCUUCCUCAUUGACUUCAUGUACUUCGAAAACUCUCCUCCGCGGCGAUCAUCAAGAUAGAGGAACACACAAGUCAUCAAUUGGAAACCGAAUUAGAGAAAUUUGCAUUCUGCUUAUACAUAGCCUUCAGUUAUUAGCAAGCAUAUUUCUCUGGCUUGACAUGUGUUCCAGUUGAGCAUUUGGCUUCUUGGGACACUAGGUUAUUCUGAAAUCUCUACUUCCUUAGCCAAAUAAAUAUAUACAAAUGCAAGCAUUACAACUAUAGGCACGCGAGCUAUGGGAAAAUGAAGCCCUCAGUUGUCAACUUAACAGAUCAUAACACACCUUCUGUAUCUGUCCCUCUCUUCUUCAUCAGGACAAACUUGAUUCUGGGUGAGAGGAUAGUUACUCUUACUCUUCAUCUUUAGGAGCCAAAAGGUACACAGAAAUAAUGGGCUUUAAUGUGCAAAGAAAAUAGUUCUUGUGUGCAUGCACCAGAACAUCAGUCUGCAACGUGCAUGAAAGUUCAUAAAGUUCUCAGUGGGGAAUUUUAUUUUAUUACAACAUAAAGUGUAUUCUCUUUAUAGACAGUUUAUAUUUUCUAUGAGUAUUUCUUCAUCCCUCAACUGGGCAAUGUGGAAGUACCUACAUAUGAAGAUAGGAAAAAGGUACCAGAGAAAUUUGAUCAGGGCCACAGCCAAAUAAAGUCUUGGCAUCUUACAAACCUUGUUCAUUUGCUUACUCAGCAGAUUUAGUGUGGACUCUCUUAUUUACACAUGCCUUAUAUCUGCAUGUUUAUCCUGAUGUCUGGAAUUUCCUAUUGUAUUUUUGUAUCUCAUUUGAUAUUUUUUUUUGAAAUCCAUUUAAUGACCAGGAUGUCCUUGUGACAAACAGUUUAUAAAAGCUGAAUGUAUAAAUCCUGUCAUUGCUUUAAUACCGCUUGACUGAUUUACAUGCUAAACAAUUCACUACAUACAAACAGUAAGAAAACAUAGUAAAUAUUUCUUCCAUAUUUUCUCCAGAUUAUAAAUGAGAAAGACCAGCAAAGUACUUAUUUGUACUAAGGACAGUGUAUGUAGGACUCCACUGAUUUGAUUAAUGAGUCUUAUCCCUUUGCUUUCGACCGCCACAUAGACUGUGUGUGUGUGUGUGUGUGUGUGUGUGUGUGUGUGUGUGUGUGUGUGUGUUUUAAUGGCUAUAUUCUUUUAGAGUUUCUUAAAAAAGGAUUAAGUUCUCUUGGGUUGGGCUAUCCUGGGAGAAGAGACUUAGCCAACAGGUCUUUUUGAAAUAAAAGACAGGUGCUUCAGCUUUAAUUAUACUAAUGUUUUUAUGAUAAAUGUGUUUUUUUCUCAGUUAUUUACUUGCUGCUGUUGGCUUUUUAUAAAAAAAAAAAAUGUGAGUUCUCGACUAAAAACUAAUUCCCGUAUAUUUUAAAAUACACCUCUAAUUUUGACUAGACAUACAUGUUUUCUGUAUGAUCUUUUGUAUGCUGCGUAUAAACCAUCCUGAGAGCUCAGGUAUAAGCCUGUCCUUUUACCCACACACAUCCCAUUCUAAUGCUUGCAUCAUGUUGAUAGUGAAAGUCAGAAUACUUUACAUUUCUGUGCUUCAUACUUCAGUGUUUAUGAUGCUAAUAUUUCUCUAGCAGCAAAAUUCUUUAACAUAAUUCAUGCAAUUUCUGUACCUCAGUAAAAUUUCAUUGUAUCACCACAACAUCCCACUGAGCUAAAAAAUAGACAAAACUUGUUUUUUUUAAAAGUUGAGUGUUUUCCUGUUUUCUCAAGUUUCUUAAACUUUUAAAUAAAUACGUAAUAGAACUAACAGUAAAAUGGUGUUUUAUCUUGUU